AUGUCAAACUCCCCUACUGACUCCAGAAAUGCCGCACACACCCCUCCGGUGAGUACUGAGCAAGGUCAACAGAUCUCUCAGCAUGGCGAUCAAAAUGAAGCACAAGGAAGGGCCAACGCGCCACCAACUUCAUCAAGUGCAAAUCAAUCUUCUUUGUUAACUCAAGCUCUAUCCUUGAAUCUUCAAGAAUCGGCGGCAACCAGUAUCGAUCCGACUCCUCGCACACCUCGACAUACGCUUUCCAGCAUAAGACAGCCACGACCUUCUUCCUCGAACCAUCAAUACCAGAAUGAGAGAGCUAGGAAUUUGGCAGAGGACUUGAACGACGCGGUCAUUGCUACAGCUUCGAUUACCUUCAAUCCAAACGGCUUCAUGUCUAACAGACCCGUCAGUGCCGGGGCAACGCCCUUCGUCUCCACAGGAUUGAUCUUCGAUAUGGAUCAAGUCAAUCAUGCUCUCUCCGGUCACCGGGACUCCUUCAGAACUUCAAACGCCAAAGGAAGAGGGACCUCUCUGGAGCGAACAGCAAAGGAGAAGAGAGUCCAGGAUUUACCCAAAGGGUCUUUCUCCACCAACCCAGGUGAUACUGCCAUAAUAACACGACCAUCAACACCCAUGCAGGAACCAGCUCGGUCACUUUCAGAUGAACCCCCUGUAGAUGGAGUUCGAGCUAGCUAUCGAUCAUGGAGAGAUGCCAGGGCAAGUCCACCUGUGGAGAAGGCCUGGUCCAUCUGCGAACAAGGGGAUGACGAUCAAGGUGGUUCGGUCGAAAAGGCUAUUGCGGAAGCGCUAUCGGGAGUCGAGCACAACAACCGCAGUCGAAAAGCAAGUCACAGCUUGAGAUUUUUUAGAGAAGGUCUGCCAGAGGAUAAGACAAAGAAGCGCGAAAACAAGAACAGAGCUCAUCCAAAAGAUGCAAAUUCUUCUGCUAGGAUCAGUAGCAUACCAGAAGGUGGGACAAUAGAUACAAGAGGCAUUGCAAGUGAGCCGUUGUCACCUUUUCCAGAUCCGAAGUCGCCUACCAAGUCGUCCGCCCACAGCAAAGGUUACGAAUCCACUCCCAAUCCUACCGAGGGACUGGCUACCGAAACUGAUUACUUUGAUCCAUCUCACAGUAUCGAAACUCUGCGUCCAGACAAAGUAAGACGGAUGCCUUCGCAGCUACUGGCGGAUAUACGCAAGCAUCACAAUUUAACACCCGGUAAUGCGAAAGGAUCUUCCUUCUCAGGAAGCAUACCAGCUCCAGAAUCUGAGAAGUCGAAGUCGGAUUCGGGCGAGGAGAACUCACUAGGCAAACCUCAGUUAGAUCGAGAAGACAGUGAAGAUGGCACUAAACUAAUGAAGACUAAGAGUCGUGAUGACGGUGAUGAAUCCGGCGAGGAGAAGAUUUCAUCGGCGUUAUUCGUUCCUCACAAGACCCCUCAUGGUACAUCUGAACGGAGGGGAGAGGGCCCGCGAGACAGAGUAGACCUUGUCGCAAGGGCUGGGGGUAAUGAUCAAGUCCAAUCAGAAGAUUCAGACCCACAACAGUGGCUUGAAGAACAUCGAGUCCCAUCUUGUGAAGUAGAUAAAACUUAUGAAAGUCAAGAAGGUAAAUCACGACCACUACCAUCGCCACGUCUUCCUAAGCAGCAUGAGCCAGCAGCAGAAAGCAAUGGCUAUAUCACUCCUACAGAUACUUAUGACCCAAAUCAUGACUCGUACGAUGAAGGAGAAUCCACGGCAUAUGAAGAAUCAAGCUUGACUGAUGAUCCUGAGGCAACACCUACAUCUUCAAGGCGUCGUCGUAGCUUCAUGGUGCCGACACCCAAGAUACAUGUCAGCGAAGACCAAGACGAAGCUAGAAAAUCAAAAGGCUCUGUUGAAUUAAUUCCGUACAAGCAUCAAGUCGGUGGUCACACUACCAUGUGGAGAUUUUCAAACCGUGCCGUUUGCAAGGAAUUAAAUAAUGGUGAAAACAAGUUUUACGAGAUAUGCGAGCAGAAACAUCCGCAGCUUAUGAAAUUUCUUCCAAGAUAUAUUGGUGUUUUGAAUGUGACUUUGGAGAAGAAGCAUGUGCGACCAAAAGUACCACCCAAGGAUGACAAAGACGCCACGGCCGACUCCAAUGGUACUGACGGACAACUAACAAAAGACGAUGCUGCUACCUCGACCGGCACGAAUGGGCAGGCAAACUCUAUCAAGACCCCAGAGCCAACAAGAAUGAUCAGCCAGUCACUAAAAACAUCUUCUAUUCCUAUAGCAACUGUCAAUUUUGCUGACAAUAGACACAUUAUACCAAAAAGCUUUCUACAACCCCAUCCUCAUCUAAUUGACCCGGUCGAGGCCCCUAGUACCAAGGAAUCUCACCAGCAAAAAGGUCAAAGUCAAAGUCAACCACCGCCCAGCGGCGAUUUCACGUUUCGUCCAAAAUUAUCAGACAAGCAUGCAGUCAGCUGGGGCGCAACCACGAUCAACAAGGAACUUCGAAACAAAGUUUUUGGAGAAGCAUUUUUACAGCAACCAAUCCCCAUUCAUCGACAUAAGAAGCUAGGAACGCAAAAUCGAGCGAUUCGAAACGGUGCCUCGCUACGGAAUGCCAAUUCGGAAUCCAGCUUGAAAGUUCAAUCAAAUAAGAUGGUCGAUGGCCAACAACCUAAGGACUCAAUGCGCACAAGAGCUAUCAAAUCUGCGGCUGAACAAAAGACUGGACUCUCGCCAAUGACACCUGUUACGCCUGCCCCGCCUGUAUCGACGAAUGAUUCCAAAGUGAACGGACACGGCCAUGUCGAAAAUGGAGAAGAUGAUGAUGAAUUCGAUCAUAUGGCUGGCACUAGUGCUCCUGAACCUGAGAUUGCAGGACCUCAAGAUUCUCCUAAACGGCCAAAGAGACGUUUCUCCAGUGGUGGGCUUCGCCGUAGGCCUACGGAAGUAGCUGAUGAUCGAGGAAAUCUCAAGUAUUUUGAAGAGGCAGAUGAUGCUGGCUACAAGGGCGAUGAAGAAGACGUUUUUGCUAUGGAUCCCGAACCGGCUGACGCACAAAAGGUGACAUCAUCUGUGAAGGAAGAGCCGACACGUAAGCUUGGAAAUGUCAAUGAGAUUCCUAAAUUGACGCCAGUUGAUUCUAAUACUAUGAUCAAACGUCCAGUCACCCCAAAGAUAACACCGAGCGCUCUUAUAAUCCCUCCUCGACCUGUCAAUCCCAAGGAAGCCCAGACGCAAGGUCAACGGAUUCAAUAUUUUUUACUUUUGGAGGAUUUGACGGCUGGCAUGAAGAAACCUUGUAUUAUGGAUCUCAAGAUGGGAACUCGUCAAUAUGGUAUCGAUGCAGUGGAGAAGAAACAACAAUCCCAACGCACGAAGUGUGAGGCGACAACAUCUCACGAUCUAGGUGUCAGAGUUUGUGGUCUGCAAGUUUGGGAUGUGAAGACUCAGGGGUACGUUUUCCAUGAUAAGUAUUUCGGAAGAGAUCUCAAAGCCGGACCGGACUUUCAAAAGGCUCUUACUCGGUUCUUGUAUGAUGGCGUCGACGAUGGAAGUGUUUUACGACACAUUCCGACUCUCAUUCAUAAGCUUUCUACACUUGAGGUUUUGAUCAGGAGCUUACCGGGAUACCGUUUCUACGCUGCCAGUUUGCUUUUGUUCUAUGAUGGCGAAACGCACGAAGAGGAAGAGUCUGAUAGUAAUACAUUUGAACCCUUAAGCAGAAGAAGGGAAAUCGAUCUCAAGAUGGCAGAUUUCGCAAAUUGUGCAAUCAGAGAAGAUUGUUUAGCACCAGGAAGAAAUUGUCCACCUCGGCAUCCUGAUCAACCGGAUCUGGGAUUCCUUAGGGGAUUAAAAAGUUUGAGGAAGUAUUUCUUGGCUAUUCAGAGAGAUGUUAGGGCGAAGAUGGGUAUCAAGACGAGGGAUUGGAAUGAUGAGCAAAGACAGAUUGAUUUGGAGGAUGCGUAUGAUGAGGAUGAGGCGAAUUUGAGUUAUUAA